UACCCUACACACAACCCUCAUGUGUCACCACAUUAUAAGCAUAUUAUAACAGGACUAUCCGUUUAUUUUCACCCCUUUUUCUAGAGAGAGAACCCAUGAAUUCCACUUUCUAGAGUGAGAAAGUGAAAUCUUUUCAAGAAGCUUCAAAUUGCUACUCACUAUAUUGAGGGAUCAGAGGUGUUUGUAAAGGUCGAAUCCGAGGCGAAUUGCUUUCGGUUUGUAGAAACUGUAGUGUUUCAAUUGUCUUAUAUAAGACCAAUUGAAAGUGAUUGUACUUUAGUAUGCAAGAGCUCGGGUUCGAAAAAAAAAGUCUGAGGAUAGCUUUUGAGGAAAUAAAUUGUCUAAGCAAUGCAUAACACCAAUAUGAAGAAGCCUCUUUCUGAUAUCGAAGUUCCCAAGCAGACUAGGCAUAUCGUCAGUUGGUCUCCGGAGGAAGAUGAUAUAUUACGGGAACAAAUCAGAAAUCAUGGAACUGACAAUUGGGCAAUUAUUGCUUCAAAGUUUAAAGAUAAGACAACUAGACAGUGCAGAAGAAGGUGGUACACUUAUUUGAAUUCUGAUUUUAAAAAAGGAGGUUGGUCACCAGAGGAAGACAUGCUUCUGUGUGAGGCUCAAAAAAUAUUUGGCAACAGAUGGACUGAAAUAGCAAAAGUUGUUUCCGGCAGAACUGAUAAUGCUGUAAAAAAUCGAUUCUCUACCUUAUGUAAGAAGAGAGCAAAAGCUGAAGCCUUGGCAAAAGAAAACAACCCUUCUUACAUAAAUCUAAAUAACAAGAGGGUUAUAUUUCAAGAUGUGUCUAGUGCAGAUGGAUUAUCAGAAAAUGGAGCGCCUUUGAGAAAAAUAAGGCGGGACCACAUAUUGAAUUUGACAGAGAAUUGCAAUCCUAAUAUAAGACUAGAAGUGGAAUGUGCAAAAGUGAAUCCCCAAGUAAGACCUCCGUUAGCGGAACUGGCUCAAAACUUCGAAACAGUGAGGGCCUUGCCAACUCAAAAUUGCUCCAAAAUCACCAAGGAUAUCAAAGAUGGUGCAGUGAAUAAUGACUUAACUCAAGGAAUGUAUCUCAAGAAGGAUGACCCAAAGCUUAUUGCAUUGUUGCAACAGGCGCAGCUGCUAAGUUCACUUGCUGUCAAAGUAAACACAGAGAACACAGACCAGAGUCUUGAAAAUGCUUGGAAGAUUCUUCAAGAUUUUCUGAAUCAAAGCAAAGAUGGGGAUAUGAUCAGAUUAAGAAUAUCUGAUAUGGAUUAUGAACUAGCAAACUCUAAAGUCUUAACCGAGGAUUUGAAGAGUGGUAAAGAAGACAGUCCUCUAUCUUGGAGGCUAUCAGAUUUAUAUGUAGACUCUCCCGAUAGCUCCGAGUAUAGUACUGGAUCAACUCUGUUGAACCAUGUAGCAGGUGAAAAAAUAUCAUGCAGUGAAGCUGUACAUAGUUUAGUAGCUGAACCACAACCAACUUACAUAGGAGAUCACAAAAUCCUUGCUGAUGUUGCUAAAGAAGUUAUCUGUGUUGCACCUUCCAAUCAAAGUGAAAAAAUAUUAAAGCCAGAUACUUUACCAUCUUGUAGUAAUCCAGAAACUGAUGAUGAAGUUAUUUGUGCCAUCUCAAAUUCCCAGUUCAGUUCUCCGAUCCAGAUAACUCCGUUGUUCAAUUCAUUGGCAUCAGGGAUUCCUAGCCCACAGUUUUCAGAAAGUGAGAGGCACUUCCUACUAAAAACACUGGGCGUAGAUUCCCCGUUGCUGAAUACAGGCGCUAAAGCCAUACAAUCUCCACCUUGCAAAAGGGCGCUACUCCAAAGUCUCUGAACAACCCCUGAACCAAUUUACCUGCAGAAAAUUAUGGAAUUUACAGCAAUUGUGUAGAGUUUGUCCUUUUUCCUUGGAUCGCAGUCAUUCCAGUCUGAACUUUUUACAGAGUGGUCUCCUAAAGAUUUGGACAUGACCCUAGCAUGCAAUGGUGCAUACUAGCGUCAAUUGAAAGAUCUCGUUGUGCCUUCUGCGUUCUUGUUUAAACUACCAACCCUAAUACCCACAUUGAUAUCCGGUGUGCUUUGUUAGUGUCAUUCUUUUGUUUAUCUUUGUCUGGGAUAUGAAUUCGGUAUUCAGUCCCAAAUUUAUUGGCCUUGAUUUCCUACAUGUACAGAACCUGCAAAUAAUUUCGUAGUCUUCUUAAGAGUGUAACUAUACAUUGGCACAUCGCCAAUACUUGCCCUUAUAGAAAAAGGAUGAAAUAAGGGGAGAUAGUAAAAUAUAGAGAGUUGAUAGUAAAUUGUGUCUUGGGUGUGCAGAGAGUUAUGGUAUAACUGGGCUUGUUUUCCUAUGUGAAAUAACAUACAUUGAUUUGAGUAGAAACUGUGAUUUACAUAUAUGAUUCAUUUGCAGAA